UAACGAACGAUCUCUCUCUAUUCCAAACGUCUAUAUUUUCUAUAAUUAUUUUCGGAAUUACGGAAAUGUUUCGGUCUAGCGAAAAUGCUAAUAUUGAUCAAGCUGUCGAUAUGUGCAAGGAGAUGGUCGAGGACAUCGAUGACUGCCUGAAGUCUUUGCAACUAGGUUGGGAUAAUGAUGAUGCAGCUUUUGCCCCCAUUGCGGAGGAGGAUGAGGAUGAUGAUGAGGAUGACGAUGACGAUGACGAUAUGGAUAUGGAUAUGGAUAUGGAUAUGGAAGAUGAGGAGGAGGAAGAUGAGGAGGACGAAGAUGAGGAUGACGAAGAUGAGGAGGAGGACGAUGAGGAGGCGGACUUACCACAAUGUCCCGUUGAACUGUGUAAAAUUGUAGUUGCCGAUCAAAAUCAAAUAAAAGCCUCCAAAAUUAAAGAGAUGGAGUUGAUAUUUGACAACAACAAUGUCUUGGAUCUAGACGUUGACCACAUCCAGGUAAUGCAAAAGGCCAUCGAGGAAGAGAUUAAGCACAAGUUAUUGGAGUUAGUAGAGCCAGAACUGAUAGAGGAGGGUCGCACCUACAAUGAAUUGGAUAAGGUCUAUAAAGAUUUGAGUGUGAAAUGCAUAAAGCUGCGGCGCGAUUUGGAGAGUUCAUCCACACAGCUGAUGCAUAUAUCGGAUAUGGCCGAUCGGACCAAAGAUAUAGCUCAAUUAAUAGCCAAGUUUUGGUAAACGAAAGGGGGAAGAACCACAAACAUAUGCAGACGCUCAGAGUGUUGUCUCCUUCCACCCCCGCCCACUUUCAGUUUUGCUUUAAUUGAAUAAAUAUUUGAGAAUUUGUGUUCUUAUUGUUGGCUCCCGCAUCCGCUGCCCUCUAAUAACCAUUUAA